ACACAGCCGCAGCAGUCAGCCAGUCAGUCAGUCGCUGCCGCGAGCCCUCGACAGCAGCAAUAUCCACACAUAAUAUACAUCACGACGCCCCGCUAAAACAAAAAAAAAAAAACCGCAUAACACGGCGUUGCGCGUUUUACUUCAUUACACACCGACACGACACAAGCAACAACAACAACAAUAACAAACACAAACAUAUAUGUAAUAUAAAUAUAUAAAUAUAUCACGUAUAUAAGUUAAUAAAAGUUAAAUUUAAAAGAAAAGAACUAUACACAACAAGCAAUCUUCCAAGUGUAUAAAUAAUUAUUAAAUAUAUAAAUAUAUCAUCGAACACUUCGCGUAACUGCUAAACCUGCUACUUUUAUUUAAAAAAAGAGCAAGAAAUAAAAGAGCCCUUAUCUACUCUAUCUGUACGUACAUGUAUCUGUGUGCGUCUAUCUCUGUAUAUUAACGUGUAAUAAUAUACGAAAGGAAAUAAAGUUUGACACCUCCGUCGUACACGAAACAAACACAGAUAUAUUAAAUAGGACCAGACGCAGUUGACAAAAAAAAAGAUAAAUAAUCCAUCGACGAGUAGUUAUAUUGUUGUUAUUGUUUUAUUCCGAAACAAAAAGCAGAAGAAGAAUCAGCAGCGAUUUCUCGACUCUGUGCGUUGUUUUGAUUCAAGAGUGCUAUAUACAACAGCAACAACAAACAACAACGCAAAAAGUGAAUUUUACGACGACGAGCCGACCAGUGAAUCACACACACGUACGCAAGAUUAAUCACACACGAGCGAGUCAAGAGUUAUAAACGAAACGAAUAGCUCGGAGAGUACCAGCAGCGGCAACAGGAUGCUGAGCAGAAUCGCCAACUUCUUGAUGGGCGCCGGAGGCACCGAGGACGGCGAGGUCGAUUCCUCCUCUUCGGCGGCGGCAUCUGCGGCGGCGGCGGCGAGCAACAACAACCUUGAAGCUGCGGAUCUGGCCUCGGCGGCGACGAUGGCCCAGCCCAUACCCAACAGCGCGGGAACGGCGCUGGCUAACGCCAGGCUCAGGCAGAUCGAGGUCGAGGGCGACGAUUGGAUCCUCGUCGAUCAGCAUGUCGAUGGACCGAGCACGACCGGUGCAACCGCUCAGCAGCAGCAGCAGGCGGGCAUGGACGAGUCCUGGUACGUCACGCCGCCGGCCUGCUUCACCCAGCCCGGCCCCGUCCACGUCGAGACGUCGCCCCUUGAGGAUCUUCUGAUCGAGCACCCGAGCAUGUCGGUCUACCGAUCGGCCAGCAGCGAGGCCAGCCUCGGUCUCGGCUCUCAACUGCGCAGCGUCAGCGGCAGCGGCCAACAACAUCAACAGCAACAGCAACAACAUCCUCGCAAGAGCAGCUCGUCCAAGCAGCAUCGUCAGCGUAGAAUCGUGCCCAAGUCCAUGGUUGUGGUCAAGGCCGCCGGUGCCACGCCAAACUCGGCGGCGGCGGCGGUGGUGGUGGCUCCGUUAGCCGCCAACGACAAUCAUCGCGGAGGAAGACUGGCGACGAUGACGACGAGGAUGCCCCCCGCCGCUGCGAUCAUCGCGGCGCCCACGUUGCCACCGCGGUACCCGCUGACCUCGAGGAAUCACAAUGUCCUCCAGAACCAGCAACAACAACAACACAAUCAACAGCAGCUGAUGCAGCAGCAGCAGCAGCAGCCGAUGAUGGAACCGAAGCUGACUCAUCGGCAGCGUCAGCAUCAACACAAUCAUCAUCAUCAUCACCAUCAUCUCAACCAGUCUCAUCAUCACAAUCAGCAACACAACACGUCGCCCCAUCGGUGCAGCAACAACAACAACAAUAACAAUCAAAACUACAACAACAACAAUAAUCAGCAGCAGCAGCAGGUGGUCGAGCAGCAGCCAUCCGGGCAGAGGCGCUCGAGCGUCAAGGACCUGCGGAACGCCCGGGGCGACGAGAACCUGCGGAUAAUACAGAUGCGCUCGGCACAGAAGAUGCUGGAGAAGCGGUCGGCGCAGUCGUCGAAGCGCAAGUGCCUGGAGCGCGGCAACAAGGUGCGCGAGGUCGCCUCGACGGGCAAGGCUCGCCGGCCCCGACGCCAGGACCGUCUCAGGCUCAACAACAGCAACGCCAACAACAAUCGCAAGUGCUAGUCCCCCCCGCGUUCGCGACCCACCGAAAAAACGACGACGACAAUCGCCGCCGACGCCGCCGACGUUAGCUGCGAAUUGUUGUCUCUCGAUCUCUCUUUAUCUCUCUGUCUCAACGACGACGACGACGACAACAAUGACGACGACGAUGAUAAUGGUAAUGAAAAUAAAACAAAAAAUAAUACGAAAAGACCAGGGUGCACGUUAUACGCGUUAGAAAACUGAUGAUGAUGAUGACAUGAUGGUGAUGAUGACGAUGACGACGGCCAAGAGCGAGCCGUAAAGACGCUGCGGUGGAUUAUGAAUUCUUUUCUCUCUCUCUGUCUAUAUCUCCGCGUCACUUGAUCUCACGAAUCGCGUAAUAUAUAUCCUUUACAAAAAAAAAAAGAAAAGAACAAUCGGCCUCGCGCGUUUUUGGCUCGCUCUUCGGCUAUUAUAAUAAUAAUAAUGAUAAAUAAUAUAAAUGCUGCAAAAAUUUAAAUGUGUAUUUGUACGUACGUGUGUGAUUUUUGGAAGCGCUGCGAGACACGCGAGUGAGAAACACAAUAAUUAUUACGAGAAAACAAAAAAAAUUAUUACGAUCCCUUAUCUCGAUAUUAUAAUCCGUAAGUUAAUCGCAGACGAUGUGAGAUUUAUAACGAUAAAAGUAAAUAUGAUAUACAUAAAAUAAUUGUAAGAUAUAUCGAUAAUGAAAGUUUAUUAUUUUGUUAUACUACUGAAUGGACUUUAUGAUUUUUCUGUUCUCCUAAAAUUAUGGCGCCCAAGACGCGGUAUGAUCGUUCUUGCACGACGAUUUGCACGGUUAUUGUACGACUAAUUGCUUGAGAAAAAAAAACAAGUGGAAAAAUGAUAAAAAAUUUUUUUCAUGUAAAAAAAAAAAAACUAAAAUAAAAUAAUUACGAAUUUAUCAAAUGCUAUGAAAAAACGAGCUCUUUCAGGUCUGUGCAAACGACGUAUGUUUAAACGAAGUAAAAGAAAAAUAAAAAAAUUACGACGUAUAAUUGUAAAGAAAAUGAAAGAAUAGCGAUAAAAUUUAAUCAUUUAGGAAUGAUAUAAGGACUAUCUCUCGUGGUGUUUUUUUUUUCAAACUUUUUUUUCUACGUCUUGCGCUGCUGCGACGCCGCACACGCAAACGAACGAACCAAAAGUGAAAAAUUUAAGAAUUGAUUGUACAAAAAAUGCAUGCUCGUGUUUUUUCGAAAUUUUUCAAGGCUUGUGAAUUAUCUAUAUUGUAUCACUCUCUCCUUUUCUCUCUCGGAAUUGUCGCUGACGUUCGAUCGUACGAGUAGGAAAGAGUAACCGCUCGAAUUUAUUCAAUUACUUUUUCUUUCUUUAUUAUUAUUUUUUUUGUACUACGCUGUAAAAUAUUCAUUGACAUAAAAGUAAAGUACAUAUUUAACAUUCUAUCGACUGCUUGUUUUCUUUUUUGUCUCUCGCGGUAUUUUUUUUCUUCGUUUUAUUAUAUCGCCUCUAUGACUUUGACAAGGGUAAGUUGACGUUCGCGAACGCGUUAACGAAUGCGUUUUCCGCGCGCGGCUGAAUAUUUUCCGGCUAAGAGAGCCAAAUAAUUAUAAACAGGGAAGCUGGACGUGGUCGACAAACAAAACAUAAAAUAAAAAAGAAAUAAAUAAAUAAAAAUUCUCUCGCUUUUCGUGUUCAAAUUUAGCUCUCGAGAGUUUUUCCGUUUGACGCGACGCGUGCAGAGGAGGGUUAUGCCUUUAUGAUACAAAAAAAAAAUCAUAAACAAUUGUCAAAUUUCCACGAGCAAUAAAAAUGCGCGAACGAGGUGACCCUCUCUCCGAAACAAUACUCACACUGACGUCGUAUAAAAAUAAUAACUAAUAAUAUCAAAAAAAGUUCAAUUUUAUGAAACGCAAUAAAAUAAAAACAAAACAAGUUUAGAGUCAUUAUUAACUUAUUGCAAGGAAAAAAAGUAUAUUAAUAUUACGAUAAAAAUAUUGUACCCUAAGAGUCAAUAACGAAAUCUUGUAACACAAUAGUUUUUUGCAAAAUCGAAAUUCAAAAUGCUCUGUACAUAAAUAUUAUAAAUAUAUCUUUAAACGUACGAUUCACGCUCCGUUUGUUUAUUAUCGUGUACAUAUAUACGACAAACGAGUUGAAUAGAAAAAAAAUAAAAGAGUACCGCAUUUCUUUCAUAUCCCUACGAGUAACGAGCCGUAUGCGCGCAUUGUAAUUUCGUGCAAUAUUUAUCGAAAGUCUCGAGAGCAGCAGCAGCGGCACUCGAUUUUAUCGAUUACGUCAGUGUGAGUGUGGUGUAUUUGUGUCUGUAGAUGUCUGCGUGUUUGCGCGCAUCUUUAUGAAUAAAAUAUGAAAUUGUUUAGCCCCGCAACGCCUCUCUGUACGUGCGCGACUCUUUUUAUUUUCUUUGUGCAAUAAAGUGUUUGUGUCUGUGUGUGUGCGUGUGUGCAGGAGUUAAAAAAAAAGGCUUUCCCAAUCGGCUUAAAACUCGAUUUCGCGGGGAAAAAACACGGUUUAAAUAUAAAGUAUAAAAUAUUAUAAGUGCAACCGAAAAGAAACAAAUAAACAAAACAAAACACACAAGUAUUCAAAAGCGCUGUGAAACAUACAUAAAUCACUUUCUCUCUCUCCUCCCGUCGUUUUUAUCAAGUGCAGGAAAAUAAACAAAAAAUAAUCAAAUCCCUCGAGAUGCAUCGAAACCUGCUACUGCGUUGAUGAAAAAAAUAAUUUAAGAUAAUGCGUGCGUGUGCGUGCGUGAGUGGAUGCGAGCGUAAAAAAUGUAUCGACGAUCAACGAAAAAAAUUACGCACAACUGCGAUGCGUAAAAGAAAAAUCCGCGAUUCGUUCAUUAACUUUAACACUGAGCGAAACAAAUAAAUUUUAAUCGCGGUCGAGUAUGCUCUCAGCUCUCUCAUCGUAAAUAAUAACGUUGUGCGUGGGUGGUAGCGGCAAAACACACGCGCGGAAAAAAAAUCUCGACUCGAUUUUCCGACUGGACGAUAUGAAUGCGCGUGCUACGGCCGGCCUAAUGAAAAGUUCAUUCGGUCUUCAAUUUCGGACCCGCGUUGAUUAAUUUUUUUUUUCGUCCGUUUACAUGAAUUUCGCGAGAAUGAACGUGUGCGCACAUGAUUAAAAUAGAAUUAACUCGUUUUACAUUUUUAAUUAUAAAACGAAUGAACGUAUAUACGUUUAAUAAUAUAAACGCGACGACGAUACCCCCCGAUUGGGAAAGUCUAUGAAAGACGUAAUAAUAAUUGCGUUUUGACCCAGAGAAAGAGAGGAGGCUUUGCCUGACGCAAUUUAUAUAAUACGGCUACAUAGAUAUUAUGUAUACAAAGCGCGUGGGCGUCGCCUCUCUAUCUCUCUAUGCUCGUCGUUUUAACUGCAACAACAGCACACGCACACACAAUCGCACUCUAGGCUAUUUCGAAGCUGCGUGAAAAAAGCGUAUCGAUAAAUCAUACGCUUCGAACGACGUCAACUUACCUGAUUACUUGUAAACGUGUAAAUUUAAUUUUCAACAAACUAAGUAAACUCACAUAUUGCUUCGUAAUCGAAACCGACCAAUAAUUCAUAUUAUAUAUGUAUAAAAAAAAAAAAACGUAUGAACAAGAAGUUUUUUUUCUCGCCUUUUACCGCUGCUUGACGUAUACAAAUAUCUUACGCAUGUUAUUAUAUAUAAUAUAUAAUAAAUUAUAACUGUGUAUGCUUGUUCGUGUGUAAUAUGAAUAUAGACAAAACAUAGCGGAUUAUAUUAAUAUUAAUCGUCACGAAGUUUAACGCAAUUUAAAAGAAAACAAAAAACAAAACAUAAUUAAACAAAAGUAAUUUAAAAAAAAAAAAAAAAAAAAAACAAAUCUCGAUGAAAAAAGCAUUGUGAUCAAGUUGAAUAUAUAAUAAAUGAAUGGGCCCCCCCUAUCUUAACUCAUAGAGAGUGGUCAAUUUCGUAAAUUAAUUAACGAAAUCAACAAAAUGAAAAAGACAACAACAACAAGUAGUUUUUCGUGUCUAACGCAUUAAUAUAAAAAGAAGAAAAUUUAUAAAGUAUAUAUGUACGCAUGCAUUAAAAUGAAAAAAAAAACGAUGAAAAAUAAUGUGUAACACCACCCCUUGUUCACGACCCUUCUUACGAAUAAUUAGAAAAUUUAUAUAUAAUUAAAAUAGUUGUACGUAUAACCCGAAUAAAUGAGUAAUCUUCGCUGUGUCUUUGACGUUAGGCAGGUGGAAAAAUAAUAAUUAAUAAUAAUAAAGUAAAUUAAAGUCGCAUGUGUGUGAAUAAACGUAUAAAUAUGGUCGUUGUGAAUCAAAAUGAAGCAAACAGUAAAAAAAAAAACAUUAAAUAAUAAUAAACACCCGCAAGUGGCUAUAUACAACGUAUUUUAACUAAUAAUUAAAAUAAUUGUAAAACGCAAUAAGCGUGCGUAUGGAUAUAUCUAAUCGUAAUAAUUGUAACAUAACGUCGUGGUAUAUAAAAGUUUUGUAAUACACGUAUAUAAAAUAGAGAUCCGUCAUAGAACCACUAGACAUAGGUAAAAUUAGUUAAGUUACAACAUUAUUAAAGUAGUCUCUCGUACGAAGACGAAAUAAUAACCUUACAGAAUCACGUGAAGAGUACAUAGAGUUUAAAUGUCAAUGUCUCGGGUCCGUCGACACGCGGACACGCAUAGAUAUGCCGAGGCAGAUUAUAUAGCCAACUUCUUCUCUUCAUUGUUUCCUCGAUUCAUCAAAGCGUGAAUCUCUCUCUUUUUCUCUUUCUCUCUCUCUCUACCCUAGCUGAUGAUCGCCGCGGAGAUAUUUCAGCCCGGAAAUUCAUACCGAUAUACCGGAUAGCGCAACGCUAUAUGUGCCCUUUUUUCUGUCUCUCUCUCUCUCUCUCUCUCUCUAUUCUCUCUAUUUUCUCUAUCUCCUGCGCGUUUCGCCGUUGCGUUAUGUAUGCGGUGGCCGGCCGCUAUGCACAUCGAAAAAUGUGUGUGCGCUGUGCAUGCAUACAUGCGCGAGCGAGCGCCCGUGUAAUUAAAUGUGUAACUCCCCCGUCGAGCUUUAAAAAAAGGAAAAAAACUUAUAUGCAUAUAUGAUGCACACACACAGAAACGAUAUAAAAAAGGGACAAUGUAAGUGUGUGCAUAAAUAUAUAAUUAUUAUAUCAUUAUCAUAGAUAGAUCUAUGUCAACGCACGAGAUUAUUUAAACGUGUAAUUGUAUAUGCACGAUAUUAUUAUUAUUAUCAUACCCUAGUGAAACGUGAAAAAAAAAUUACAAAACAAAAAUAUAAAUAAUAUAAUAACGAUGAUAUAAAUGUAAUAACACUUUGCGUCGUGCGAACGAGCUGCGAGGACGUUUAUAUAGAACCGUAUAUGAGAUAUUAAUAUUUACGAUUGUAUUGUAGCAAGAAUGAGGAAUUCUUCUUAAAUCCGAUAUAUAUUGAUAUUAUAUGUACACGAUAGGAACGUAAUGAUUAAUAUAUUAAUUGAAGUAGACGUUACUUGUACGUGCACUUGUAGAUAAGAAGGAUUAUAAAAACAAAAAAGGAAAGAAAAAUUUUUUAUUAUUGUAUACAUUAAUACUUGAUUAAAGCGACAGAAAAAAAGUCAAAAAUAUAUUAUUUCGUAAAGUAACGAUAUUAUUUUUUCAUAUUAUUAUUACGAUUGUAAUAGUUUUAGAUUACGAGAUGAUUAGCCGAAAUUAGCUAAAAAAAGUUUGUGAAUAUAUUUGUGUGAAAAAAAUCGCGUACGUAUGAUUUAUAUGUGAGUAAAAAAAAAUUAAUUAUAAUUAUCCGAAGAUGUACAAUCGAUCUGCGUGCGUGUAUGUGUGUUUAAAAAAGCAGAUUACAAAAAACGUGCACCUUGGUCACACCCACACACAAACACACCCACUCACACGACAAAACAUAUACUCAACUAUAUUCAACACGAAAAAAAAACAAAAAAUACAAGAAAUAUUAUAAACAAAAAUUAUCCCCGAGGAAGCGAUCGCGCGUCGAUCACGCGUCCACGGGUGGCAUUCACGGUGUAAUGAAGCAAAAUAGCGUAAUGCUCGUCUUAAUGCGAGGCCGUAUCAUUCCUCGUUUUUUCGCGGUGGAAUUUCGCGUAUAUGUGUGUGUCUAAUGCAAAGGCAAAGCUAAUAAUAAUAAUAACAUUGUACACGAUGAGUUGAUAAUUUACGGAUGUAUCUGCUAUAUUUAUUUCUCUCUCUUGUAUGUGUGGUAAAAAAAAAAAAAACUUUGCGCAUA